CUCACCUAUAAAAACAGAAAGCGAUUCACAGUCUAGCACACAGAUCGAUUGAAUUGUUAAGCAGCCUACAUACAAGUCUCCUUGUCUUUCACCAUGAAAUUCCAGGUAUUGAGCAUGUUGGCUGUUGUUAUUUUGAUGUUGUCUUUGGCUUUGGCGAAACCCAUGCCAGCUAAAUCCAGCCCAGAUGCUGGGAUUGAGGCACAGCGGCGAUUACAACAACAAAUUGAAAAAGAAUUCGGAGAGGAGGAAUGGUUCGAGGGCUUGAAUGGUUUUAUCAACAAGUUUGUUCAGCAGGAAGAAGCUUUGAAAAGCCUCUCUAAAUCCACUACAAGUCCUGGAUCCAAAACCGUUCCACCUUCCCACGCCGUUACCUCUAAAGCUAAGAAACCAGAAGCUCCCCAGGCAACAACCAAGAAAACCAUGUCUAAACCUGAAAAGGAAACAGCACCGAAAGCUGACAAGUCGGUAACAGCUAAAGAGGCCAAAACGGUGCCACCUAAGGCUGCUAAACCUACGAGCCCUUUACCUGUUAAAUCAAAUGCCAAACGGACAGGUGCUUAAUUUAACUAAUGAUCUUAACCUUU